AUGUCUCCACAGCAGCAGCAGCAGCAGCAGCUGCAGGACAGCCUGAGAGGCUCCGGGGCGCAGCAGGACAGCAAGCGGCGACUGAAGUCUCAGAGCUAUCGGCGCCAGUCCGCCCCGUCUCUGGUCAUCUCCAAGGCCCUAACCAGGUCCAAGACGCUCUCCAGGGACAGCUUCCUGGUCCCCAUGUGUCCCGAGACGUGUCCGCUGGUCCAGUCCUUCCUGAGCGUCUCCCACAGGUCCUUCCUGCUCCACGCCCACGCUCAGCUCAAGACGGGCAUGCAGACGCAGGACAGACACCUCUUCCUCUUCUCCGACCUUCUGGUGCUCGCCAAAGCCAAGUCGGCCAAUCACUUCAAGCAGAAGGCCCAGGCCAGCGUGUGCGAGAUGUGGACGGCGGGCUGCAUGGACGAGGUGUGCGAGGGGAGCACCAGCCCGGACCGGAGCUUCGUGGUGGGCUGGCCCACCUGCAACUGCGUGGCCACGUUCAGCUGCGUGGAGCAAAAGGAGAAGUGGCUCUCGCUCCUCAGAAGCCGCAUCAGGGAGGAGAAAGAGAAGGAGGAGCCUAAAACCAUCCCUCUGCGGGUGUACGGGAAGGGAAUCAACACCUUCGCCGUGACCAAGACGCUUCCGGUCAGCAACUGCGACUCCACCAACGAGGUGAUCCGGCUGGCGCUGCAGCAGUUCGGCAUCAUCGGAAGCAUCAAGGACUACCAGCUGUGGGUCUUCUCCAAGAGAGACAACACCCCCUACCCUCUGAUUGGUCAUGAGUUUCCCUUCAGCAUUCAGAUGAGUCAUGUGAGACAGUCGAGGCCUCACGAAGGAGGAGGAGGAGGAGGAGGAGGAGGAGGAGGAGGACAGGACGCCGCCGACAGGCAGGUGGAGCACAUGCAGGUGUACAAGCACUGUCAGUUCAUCCUUAAGCCGCGACCCACAGGACCGCCGCUGCACGGCGUCCCCUCAGAUUUCACCCAGAAAACGCUGAAGAGGCGGCGCUCGCUCAUCGCCUGGGCCUUCUGGCGAGGCUCCGCCUCCCACCUGAACGAGCUGUCGCUCGCCAGCGCCGCUCGAGGCUCCCUGUUCGGCCAUCCGCUCAACUCCGUCUGCUCUGAAGACGCUCUGCCCAAGCCCAUCAUGGACAUGCUGGCGUUCCUGUACCACGAGGGAUCGUGGACGCGGGGCAUCUUCCGCCGGCCGGCCGGCGCCCGGGCUGUCAGGGAGCUGCGGGACUCUCUGGACGCCGGAGACACUCGGCUCCCGCUGACGCGCGACCACGUCUUCAUCAUCGCCGGGGUCUUCAAGGAGUUCUUGCGAAGCAUCCCGGGGAGUUUGUUGUGCUGCGAGCUGCAUGAAGAGUGGAUGGACGUGCCGGAGGAAGACGAGGAGGAGGAAGAGCAGGUGCAGGACGUACAGAGGAUGAUCUGCAGGCUGCCCAGACAGAACGCGCUGCUGCUGCGCUACCUGCUGGCCGUGCUGCACGCCAUCCAGGCCAACGCCCACGAGAACCAGAUGACCAGCUUCAACCUGUCCGUCUGCAUCGCCCCCAGCAUGCUGUGGCCGCCCGGAGCGCCCUGCAGCCCCGAGGUGGAGGGACAAGGAACUAAGAAGGUGUGCGAGCUGGUGAAGUUCAUGAUCCAGCACUGUCAGCAGAUCCUUGGGGAAGACCCCUGCUCGCUGUUCGGCGGUCCGCCGCAGAGGCUGGACAGCGAGGAGAUGGAGACAGAGCCCUGGGCGUACCCCCUGACCGAUUCGUCCUACGACAGCCUGGAGAACGAGCUGGACAACAGCAGCGGCGGCUCGCCGUCUUUCUGCGGCGGGAGGCGCCUCCGGACCAAACCGCUGCAGGGCAGCCUGGACUCCAUCCUCACCUUCAGCGACGACCAGGACGCGGACGCCGGCCGCGCGCAGGCUCGCGGCCAGCGCGGCGUCGGCCUGCGCCCGCUGCAGAGGCACGAGCGCGCUCGAUCCCCCGUCGCGGACACCUCCGCCACCCUGGACUCGCUGUCCCUGGAGGGCCGCUGCACGCAGCGGCGGCGGUCCGAGCCGGCCAUCGCGUACACGCCCAAGUUCCAGGCGUACGCCUCGAGCAGCACGGACGGGCUCGCCGGCGACGACGAGGACGAGACCAAGCCGGGCAGCCACCCCGGGCCCAGGGCGCCGGCGAGGAGGAUCAGAGGCAAGAUUCUGGCGCUGGAAGCCAGCUCCUCCAGCCUCUCGUCCACCCCGGCCUCCCCCGCCUGCACCCGCUCCUCCGUGGACUCUCUGGACUCCCUCGAGCAAACCUGGACCGCCAAACGAAGCCCCCACCCAGCGAAAUCCCGUCCGCCCUCCUCGGAGCACCAAGACCGGCUCCCUAAAGACUCAACGGCCAGAGAAUCGAUCGGCUGGGGGCCGCUGAGAGGCUGCAGGGGUCUGCACCCGAACUCCUGGCUGAAGAAAGACCGCAGGCUGUCUCUGACGCAGCAGGACCAUCUGGAGAAGGAGGACGACGGCGGCGGCGGCGGCGGCGCGGCCGGAUCCCCCGCCGUCGCACUCGGCAAGCUGGCGGCCGAAAAAGGGGCAACGAAGCAGAAUUCCAGGAGCAAAGCGAAGCCGUCCUGCAGAGGCAGCAAGGAAGGAGGAGGAAGAGCGAGCUGUGGGAGGGGGCGGCCCGGCCAGGAGCAGCAGGACUCCCCCACCCCUCCGUCACACCAUGGAUCAGCAGGGAGUCUGCUGUUCCACAAGUCUUCAGAAGGCCCCGGGCCCGCCGCUCCCGUCGGCGUCCACAGGCGCGACGGUCAGCAGGUUUCCUCCGCCGGGCCGCCGCUCUCCCUCUUCAAGAGACACAAGUCUCACUCCACGGAGGUGGAGGAGGAGUGCAACGCCCGCCUCCGCCACCGCCGGGGGUCCGAACCGGGGCAGCAGCUGGCGGAGCGGGCGUCCGGCGCCCCGCGGGCGAGGCUGCCCAGCGACCCGGGGCUGAAGGUGUCCGAGGUGGGGGCGGACCCGCAGGGGGAGCCGUCCGAAGCCCGCUUCUGCCUGUCCCCCCGCGCCACCAAGGCCGUCAGGGACUACUUCUCCUCCCACCCGCGCAGCAACCCCCAGAGCAGCCAGCAGGUGGCGCUCGCCCUGGUGGAGAGCCACAGGGAGUGGCUGAAGAGGUGCAGCGACCCCGCAGCUGCGGAGCCCGACUUCGAUCAGCUGCUGUUUGCCGAGGAGUCGUACGUAUAG